GAAUAUGUUCAGUUGUUCCGAAGCCGCUGUACGGAUCGCACGCAUUUCCUAUAAUAGCUGAAUAACUUUUCGUAACUUCAACAUGACGUUACGCUGCGUGCUUGCGGUAUUGGCUUUAGUUGGGGCCACGUUAGCAGGACAGGAGGUCACCGAACUUAAGGUCGAUGUAGUAAGCGUUCCAGAAGGAUGCAGCGUAAAGUCGAAGCACGGCGACAUGCUUACCAUGCAUUACACGGGCACCCUCGACGACGGUCACAAGUUCGAUUCCAGUUAUGAUCGCGAUCAGCCCUUCACCUUCCAGAUUGGUGUUGGUCAAGUCAUUAAAGGCUGGGACCAGGGUCUUCUGGACAUGUGCGUAGGUGAGAAACGCAAACUGACCAUUCCAUCUUCACUCGGCUACGGCGAGCGCGGGGCUGGAAACGUGAUCCCACCCCACGCUACCCUCCAUUUCGACGUCGAGUUGAUCAACAUCGGCGACUCACCCCCAACCACCAACGUGUUCAAAGAAAUUGACGCUGACAAAGACAACAUGCUGUCCAGGGAAGAAGUCAGCGACUACCUGAAGAAACAGAUGGUACCUCCCGAUGGCGCUGAAAUGAGCGAUGACAUCAAGCAGAUGCUGGAGAGCCAUGACAAACUAGUAGAAGAGAUUUUCCAACACGAAGACAAAGACAAGAAUGGCUUCAUCAGCCACGAGGAGUUCUCAGGACCAAAACACGAUGAACUUUAAGUUUCCAAAAUUAGCAGCUAAAUUCUACUCCCGCGAAUCAUGUUCUAGGAAUUUACAAUUCAAGGGAGAACUGCCUAUAAGACUUUCGUGUGUGAGUGUUCAUCAACACCUCUUUCUUUAACAAUUCAUAUUUUUUUAUAAACAGAGUUGCCAUCUGUAAAAUCAAUAUCAUAAAGAAGACUUAGUUUCCACAUUUAUGUAGAUUAUUAAUAGAUUAAAACCUAUAUGUUUGA